AGUCUGCAGUAGUUCUUUUCAGUUUCCAGAGAUGGUCAUUCUGCAGCAAAAGCGUUAUCUUGAGCCGAGUGCUCUUCACUCUGUUUUUCGUUGCAAUAUUCAGUCUCCAGGCAGGUUUCCACACGUUUGCCUUUGAUCUCCAUGGCCUGCAAUCUCUGGGGAAUCCAGCACGAGAAUGAAUGUGAGACGACGCCGUGGCAAAUAAACCGGGGAAUUUCUCAAGAACAGAGAGCGGAGCGCGGCCUGAUUUUCUGAACUUCGCAAGAGCCAACAGAACACAGGCGGAAUAAUCGCCUUCCGACCUCGCCGCCGUCAACCUCACGGCCGCGGACUCGCCGGCGCUGUCCCCGACGUCGAACGUUGAACGCCACCGUCACCGGGACGAACGCCACCGCCGUCGAGCGCACCCGCCUUUUGCUAUCUUGUCCGUCCGACCCACUCCCUAUCAAUCAUCAUGUCAGAAAUACAGUCAAAUUGUCUGCAUCCAACGCCGAUUGUUUACCCUUGCGCAGCUGCGCUACGCGGCAAUCGCAAACAUAAUAAACUACUUCCCCUUCGUCGACAAUGUCGCAUGCCCGCAUGGUCCAACGACGGGUUCUUGUCGACUCCGGCAUCCUACACCAAUAACCAUCUGUGAAAAGCUCCACGGUAAACAACAGACGACACAAGGACACAGAGGAGGUGGGUACAGACGUACAGUCGAUGGCCGCGCAGCGCUCCGGCGCGGCGGGCGUGGCCGCCGGCGACGACGCGGACCGAGCCCGGCUGCGCCAGCUCGGCUACAAGCAGGAGCUCAAGCGCGGGCUCGGCGUGGUCUCCAACUUCGCCUUCUCCUUUUCCAUCAUCUGCGUGAUGGCCGGCGUCACCACCACGUACAACGCUGGGCUGAGGUACGGCGGACCGGCGUCCAUGACCCUCGGCUGGCUGGUCGUGGCCUUCUUCAACGGCUGCGUCGCGCUGUCCAUGGCCGAGAUCUGCUCGGCGUACCCGACCUCCGGCGGGCUCUACUACUGGAGCGCCAAGCUCGCCGGCGACAAGUGGGCGCCUCUUGCUUCCUGGAUCACCGGCUGGUUCAACCUUGUGGGCCAGUGGGCUCUCACCACGAGCACGGACUUCUCAUUGGCGCAGCUCGUCCAAGUGAUCAUCUUGCUUGGCACCGGUGGAGCCAACGGCGGUGGCUACAUGGCCUCCAAGUACGUUGUUUUGGCCAUCCACGGCUCCCUCCUCAUCCUGCACGGGCUCAUCAAUAGCCUCCCCAUCCGGUGGUUGUCCUGGUUCGGCCACCUCGGUGCAUUUUGGAACACUGCAGGUGCCUUUGUCCUGGUGAUCAUGAUUCCGGUUGUUGCCAAGGAAAGAGCGAGUGUUGAGUUCAUCUUUACACAUUUCAACACGGACAAUGACAUGGGGAUCCAUGACAAGGCCUACAUUCUAGCUGUGGGGCUUCUAACGAGCCAAUACUCAUUGCUUGGUUAUGAUGCAUCGGCUCACAUGAUUGAGGAAACGAAGAACGCAGAUUGGAGUGGACCGAUCGGGAUCAUCACGUCUGUUGCUCUCUCGACCGUGUUUGGUUGGAUCUUCCUUGUGGCUCUAACAUCCAUCGUGACGAACAUACCAUACCUACUAGACCCCCGCAAUGAUGCUGCCGGGUAUGCCGCUGCGCAAGCGCUUUACACUGCCUUCCACCAAAGGUAUGGCAGUGGGGUCGGAGGGCUCGUCUGCAUAGGCAUCGUCGCAUUCGGCAUCUUCCUCGCGGGUGUUGCAUGUGUCACCAGUAAUUCAAGGAUGGGCUAUGCCUUCUCGAGGGACAAGGCGAUGCCGUUCUCGCACGUGUGGCACCGGGUGAGCAGGAACGAGGUGCCUCUCAAUGUUGUGUGGCUCUGUGUGGUUGUCGCCUUCAUAAUGGCUCUCACGUCUCUCGGAAGCCAGGUGGCAUUCCAAGCAAUGGUGUCGAUUGCGACACUAGGGCAGUACAUCUCCUACGUGCUACCCAUCUUCUUCCGUGUGACGACGGCCCGGAGGUCAUUCAGCCCAGGGCCAUUCCACCUAGGGAGGUACAGUAUUGUCAUCGGCUGGGCAGCAGUCCUCUGGGUGGCCUUGCUCACCGUGCUCUUCUCAUUGCCUGUGGCGUACCCAAUCGCCAAGGACAACUUCAACUACACGCCGGUGGCCGUCGGUGGUGUGCUGCUGCUCAGUGUCGGCUCAUGGGUGUUCCAUGCCCGGUUCUGGUUCAAAGGACCCAUCGUAAAUGUUGACAUGUAGAAUUUUGUGCCUUGUAAACUUUAGUUUAUUUGGUAUGUGGUGGAUGAGUUUACACAUGGAGCUGCAUUACC